UAACACAAAGGAAAUUAAUUAUAUCUGAAGUAUGUGGUUUCUGAGAUGAUUUUCUUCCGUGAUUUUUAUUCAAAGUUAAGAUGUCCAGAAAAUAAACAUAAUCUGGAGCAAAAAUAUAUCAAAUAUCAGAUUUAGGAUGGACAUGGUUAUUGGAAUCAAAUUGGUCACCAUUCUGAUGAGUUCUCUGAAGGGGCUGGUGGAGGGACACGGUCGUCUUAUAGAUCCUCCCAGCAGGUCCAGUAUGUGGCGCUACGGAUAUAGAAAUCCCCCCAACUACAAUGAUAACCAGCUCUACUGUGGAGGUGUACAGAUCCAGUACGAGAUGAAUCAUGGAAGAUGUGGAGUGUGUGGGGACCCAUUUCAGGGACCUCUUGACAACGAACCAGGGGGGAAAUAUGCUAAUGGAAUCAUUGUUCAUUCCACAACUGUUGGUGCAAUCAUGCCAGUUACAGUAGAAAUAACAGCUCCUCACAAAGGGUAUAUGGAAUUCAGACUCUGUCCAAAUGACGAUCCAAAAAAACUUAUCACUCAAGGGUGUCUGGAUAAUUUUUUGUUACCUAUCAUUGAGUCCAAAAGUACCAAAUAUCCUGUAACAAUUGCUGGAAAGUACAAGUUAAAACUACAACUUCCAGAGAGUGUCAAGUGUCGUGCUUGUGUUUUACAGUGGAAAUAUAACACAGGAAAUAGUUGGGGAGUGGAUCCAAAAACAAAUAGAGGGUGUAUAGGCUGUGGUAAUCAGGAACAGUUUUAUGGUUGUGCCGAUAUUGCUAUAGGCCACAUAAACAUAGAACCAGGGUUUUCUUUGAUAACUAAUCAGAUGAGUAAAGGAGGCCCCAUUUUAAAGCCUGGUAUGCCUACCCCUCCUCUGGUUCCCACUGAACUAGAAACAUGGGGACCCAUUUCACCAGACAGUGGAGAGGUGGAUCCAGUUGUUGUUCCAGGCCACAGUGGAUCCAAGUCAGAUACAGCAUACAAAGUGUACAAGAGUUUUUUAGACUUCCAAAGUCAAUUUCCAAACAAAUAUGCCAGACCUUGUGUCUGUCAUUCCUGUGUAGGCAAGACUUGUGUAUGUGAAUGUUUUGAAAGUGACAUUUCUGCCUCAUCUACAAACUAUCUCCAAAAUUAUCUGAAUAUGUUGACCAUUUUUGUUAUGUCACUCAUUUUACAAGGAGUUACAUUUUACCUUUAGGCUAAUUACUUAUGAGACAUAAAUAACAGGGUUGCAUUCAAGAUCAUAGCGGCUAUGUGAAUUAUGCAUGGAGCUAUGAUCUUGAAUGAUAUGCUAGCCUACCCGCUACAAGGAGAAAGCUAGCAGAAAUAUUUUAUGUAAGGUACCAAAUCCAAGAUGGCCUCCUAAUAAAAAUAGGGGGUUGUUUUCUCCAUCUUAGGGAAUUCAGCAUACUUUGUUCCAAAAAUUAGUUAUUACUGAGACAUUUGUAGCCAAAAUCUAACAACUAAUGGCUGUAUUGCUGUUUUCAUUUACCGGUAUAUAUAUUUAUACAAUCGUCUAAGACAAAUGUUUUUUGGUAUGGAACUGUCUGUCUUCUUGUUUAUAUGUCCAUAUUUGGACAAUUGGUUUUUAGGUCACCUGAGCCGAAGGCUCAAGUGAGCCUUUCUGAUCACUUUUUUUGUCCGGCGUCCAUCUGCCUGUCCAUCUGUCCGUCUGUAAACUUUUUAACAUUUUCGACUUCUUCUCAAGAACCACUGGGCCAAUUUCAACCAAACUUGCUACAAAGUAUCCUUGGGUGAAAGGGAUUCAAGUUUGUUCAAAUGAAGGGCCAUUGCCGUCUUUCAAGGGGAAAUAAUAAAGAAUUAGUGAAAAAUUAAUAGCAUCUUUUAAAAAUCUUCUUCUCAAGAACCACAGGGCCAGGAAAGAUGAAACUCAUGUGGAAGCAUCCUAAGGUAGUGUAGAUUCAAGUUUGUUCAAAUCAUGACCCCAGGGGAUAGGGAGGGGCCACAAUGUUUUACAUAGAAAUAUAUAGGAAAAACCUUUAAAAAUCUUCUUCUCAAGAACAGCAAAGCCAUGCAUGAUGAGUCAUAUUUAUAUAUAAGCAUCCUCAGGUAGUGUAGAUUCAAGUUUGUUCAAAUCAUGACCCCGUGGGGUGGGACCACAAUGGAGGAUCAAAGUUUUACAUAGAAAUAUAUAGGAAAAAUUUUUUAAUAUCUUCUUCUCAAGAACAGCAAAGCCAUGAUGAGUCAUAUUUAUAUGGAAGCAUCCUCAGGUAGUUUAGAUUCAAGUUUGUUCAAAUCAUGACCCCCAGGGGUGGGACCACAAUGGAGGAUCAAAGUUUUACAUAGAAAUAUAUAGGAAAAAUUUUUUAAUAUCUUCUUCUCAAGAACAGCAAAGCCAUGAUGAGUCAUAUUUAUAUGGAAGCAUCCUCAGGUAGUUUAGAUUCAAGUUUGUUCAAAUCAUGACCCCUGGGGGUAAGGCGGGGUCACAAGGGAGGAUCAAAGU